AGUGACGUAUAGGGAAGAGUGUCCCUCAAAACAAUCACCAAGAAGCUUUCGGAUAACGUGGUCUUAUUUUAUUUCAGAAUUGUUACAGAUUUACAUAGUAUUUUCAUAUAAAGUCUGUGGAGAAAAAUCAUCUCGAGAAAACUCCGACAGAUCGCUGUGUAUUUGUUACAGCUUGCUUUUGUUUUCUGGAUAAUCAUAAAAUGCCAGUUUUUCCAAGAAUUUCGCUUAAACCUGAAGUCAGUGAUUAUCUUAAGAGCAUAUUCCUAAACAAAGAGUUGUUGACUGCUGUUGGGCACCAAGAAGCAGAGCAGCGUUUUGAGAGACUGCUCACAUGCCUUUCACACCCUCCUUCACACACAUGUGUGCGGGCUAGUACUCACCUGGCCCCCCUGGAGGAGAUCAGAAAAAGACUAGCACAAGAACUGAGUAAGCACCUGUGUGGCUCAUCAUCUGGGGUCUCCAUGGAGAUUGUUCCACACCCAUGCAUUCCAGAUGUGCUGCUCCUUCCUGUGGAUGGACCUAGACCUGUUGAGUCGCUCCAGUCUGAGGUGGUUGUGGGUGCACAGUGUGGCAGUGCUGUUCUAAGAGGAGCUCAUGUUUUUGCCCCUGGGAUUGUUGCCAGCCCAAAGUUCAUGAAGACUGGAGAUAUAGUCUCUGUGUUUUCUGAUAUUGAUGGAAAGUGCACUAGAGGAGCCACAAGCUUCCAAGGGCAGAAAGUGUUUGUGGGAAAUGGUGUAGCUGAAAUGGAUCGCUCUGCAAUAUUUUGUACAAAUGAACCAACCAAAGGAGUAGCAGUUCAUAUGACAGAGCCUCUUUAUCAAAGUCCUUCUUUUGAUGGUGUUCUGCCCAGCCUUGUAUUCCUACAGAAUCUCCCGUCUGUGGUGGUGGGACAUGUCCUUGGGCCUCGUCCUGGUGAGCGUGUUCUGGAUAUGUGUGCUGCCCCAGGAGGAAAGUCCUGCCACAUUGCCUCUCUCAUGAAGGACCAGGGUGAGGUUGUGGCACUUGACAAAAUCCGAAACAAGAUUGAUCGUAUUUGCCGAAAUGCCCAGAUGCUGUGUCUGGAGUCAAUCAAAGUGUUUUGCUUUGACAGCGUGAAAGCAGUGAGCAGGGACAUUGAUAAACAGAGGGGAACUGAAGGCCCUCCAUUUCCUCCCGAGAGCUUUGACCGUGUUUUACUGGACGCUCCGUGUAGUGGACUUGGACAAAGACCCAACAUGGCCAGCACGUGGAGCCUGAAGGAGAUCUGCUCCUAUCAGCCACUUCAGCGCAAAUUAAUUCACGCUGCAGUGAGCUUAUUGAAGAAAGGUGGUGUGUUGGUGUACAGCACUUGCACUGUGACUCUUGCAGAGAAUGAGGAGCAAGUAGCAUGGGCACUCAAAACUUUCCCAUGUCUUACUCUUGUGCCUCAGGAUCCCCACAUUGGCACAGAGGGCAUGCCUGGAGCCGGUCUGUUACCUGAUCAGCUAUGCCUUCUCCAGAGGUUCAGUCCUGAGUUGAGCUUGGAGCAAACUCAACCGAAUACUCCACUUUCCCACAGAGCCAAUACAGACACUAUAGGCUUUUUUAUUGCCAAAUUCCUGAAAAACUGACCGGGGAUCAUUGUGUGAACAGAGCAUGAGUGGGGGUCUCCCACAAGACUGCUGGGACUAAGGUGUUUAUAUUAAAACAGCUUUGAUGGUGGUGUUGACAAAGAUGCUCUCAGCUGAGUUUACAGCAUCUGUUUCUGGCAGCUGCUCUGUGUGACCACGGGCCAUAUAGGGAUAAGCUUUAUAAACAGUCAGGGCAGCAGAAAGUGGAGCUGUCGGGGUGGGAGGGGCAGGCACGUGGGGAUGCAACACAGCACAGACUCAUUGGCAAAUGCAGCAAGGCCACUGUCGCCAUAACAACAGUGACGACAUGGCUGCCAUGACGACAGAAGAUUCAGUGGAUAUUUGAGAUCAGGAAGUAGUGCACUAGAGAUAUUAAACAUUUAAUGCCUUUUAGUGGGGGGGCAACUGAGAAAUUAGCACUUUGCCUGCUGCCUCAAACAUGUAAAAUAACAGAAUAAAGCAUUAUCUUUAACUUU